CUUGCGUGUCGUGUAAAGUAUUUUUCAGACGAAAUGCCUUACAAUAUGAGACGGAAAGCAUUACUACGAAAAAGUAAAGAGAUAUCUAAUGAUGUAAAUCAAGACAACGAAACCAUUGAUAACACUGAGACCACUAUAUGUGUUACAAAUGAUACAAAUAUUGAGCUAAUCAUCGAAAACAAUGACACAAAUGAUGGUAGACUUCUGGGACAGAUCGCUGUCAAUGAAAUUGAAACCCAUUUCCCAGAAGACAAUGGAUUAAAUGAAUUGAACCAAACAGUGACUAAAACAUCACUGGAAAUGCUAUUCAAACCAGUCUUUACCCACAUUCAAGACAUGAAUAAUUUCAAUGAACUCGAGUUCAGACGACUGUCGGAGCUGUUCCGCGCCUCCAAUGUCUUCAGUCAUCAGCCGUUUUACACGAAAAAUAUCAUUGAAAUAACAGAUCUCAAUGAACUGAACCGCAUUACCAACAUAAGUAUGGAUCGGGAUAUUCAGGAUGUGAUCAAAUUUGCCAAAAGUUUGCAUUCAUUUAAUAAUCUUUGUCUCAACGACCAGUUGGCGCUCAUUAAGUAUGGAUGUCUUGAGACACUUAUACUCCGCUAUACUAUUCUGUAUGACAUUAAUACGGAAUACUGGACAUUGGUCUGGUUAACGGCAAUAGUGUUGUUUAAUCCGAAUCGACCAAAUUUGCAACACAGAGAUGUUAUUAAAGCCGAACAACAAUUGUAUAUUUAUUUACUGCAACGCUAUCUGAAUCUGAAAUAUAAGUCCGAUUUGGAGACACAAACAAAACUUUCAAAACUCAUGAAUCCAUUGAAAGAUUUGCAGAUAAUAUGUGACAUCGAGAAGAGAAAUGGACACGAAUUCUAUUUAGAGACUUACGGACCUAUUCUUAAGGAAAUUCUUUACGAUAUCACUAAUGAAAACUGGAUAGCCGAACAACAAUUGUAUAUUUAUUUACUGCAACGCUAUCUGAAUGUGAAAUAUAAAUCCGAUUUGGAGACACAAACAAAACUAUCAAAACUCAUGAAUCCAUUGAAAGAUUUGCAGAUAAUAUGUGACAUCGAGAAGAGAAAUGGACACGAAUUCUAUUUAGAGACUUACGGACCUAUUCUUAAGGAAAUUCUUUACGAUAUCACUAAUGGAUAAAUAAAAUCUACAAAAUAAUUACAUAAUAUCAGUAUUA